UCGCCUUUCGUCYGUAAAAGUUUACACGACAGAGACGAKUCACUAUGCUCCGAGUUUCGCUCCUUGUUUUGGGGGCUCUUUGCUUGGGAUUCUCACUUGGUGGAGAGAUAAAAUCGACAAAAAUUAAAGUUAAAGAAACUGACACUAAAAACCUCGAACAAGUAUCGAUAAAUGUACAGACAGCAAAAAUUGAAAAAGACAACCUUGGAAAUUUUAAAGACGCUGAAAUUCUGAAGGUUGCAUUCCAAGUCACAGUUCUUGAGGGUAACAUCCAUGUUAAUGGUCUUAAGGCAAAACAUGACUCUGUAACAGCAUUCCACUUUCAUGCUGAGAUAGUUGAGAUCGGCAAGAAUAGUGUUGUUCUUCGACAGCACACAUCACCUAUCAUCAUUCGUGUCCUUGUCUUAGAGCAGUCCAUUGCCUCUGGGAGAACCAAAACUAAGAAACUUGUUGUUGAAGCUCAAAUUAUUGAGAUUGACAGCAAGAAAGUCUCUGAAAUUGAUGUCUUGCAGAUGAUUGUCAAACUUGAUAACAGCAAAAAUGAACUCAUUGCAGAACGCAAAGUCACUGCUAUCCGCAUUGCUGAAAGCAAAAUCAGAACUCAUCCAGCUAAAAAUGACAUCCAUGUCCAUCACCAAGGAGGUCGCCUUCCUCACAAACCAUUGAAUGCCUCCAAGAAGCAAAUGGAUGACUUUCAGAAGCUUGGCAAACCAGUCAAACCAAAGACACCACUGCACGCUGACAAGACUUCAUUUGGUGGAAAGGUUGACAGAUACGAACACAGCAUCUGCAAAGACUUCUAUAAGCUUCCUUUCGCAGCGCGUCUGUCAAUCUUUCUUUUGAUAACGUUCCUUGGUCUGGCUACUGUAUUCUGUUGUGUCCGUGCCUUCUGCUGCAAACCCCCUGCCAAGACACAGAAGUUCACAUUGGAGGAAUUUGAUGAAAAAUGUGAUUUUGAUGGAGUAUUUGAUGCCCCACCAUURGAUACCAAAGUCCCACUUGAGAAACAACAGCUUGUUCUCCAAGCUUGAUCAAUUUGUUGUUUGUAAAAGGACACAAUUUUGCUUUUAACUUUGUCAACUUCAUUCUUUUUGUUAGGAAAUAUAGACUGAGUAUAUAUCUGAAGCAGUACUACACUGAAAUUGUUGUAAAACACAAUACCACUUCCAGCCUGACCACAAGCAAGUCGUUUACAUUCUCCUAUUAUCUUAUUAAAGACUGUGGUUUUAUGUGACAAAACAAUUUUAUGUAGUACUGUUUUKCAUUGAAGUAGUGUUUAAAUCCUAUAAUCAUUUGAAAAUGUUUUUCUAAUGUAAUUUUUUUACACCGCAAAAUCUAGUUGCCUGCAAAGAAAUUUCACCAUAUUUUAUUCUGUCACUUAUUUUGGUACAUUUUUUAAAUUAAUAAUCAUCACUAACCAUAGAUAUAAAUGUGCUUUAACUUCAAUUUUGUAGUGGUAUUCUUUUUGAGAAAUGAUCCAUGUUCUUGCUAUCAAUAAUUCUCUAAUAUUAAUCCAUCAGGGGUCCAAAGAACAUUAACAGCUCAUACAAAYCCAGUACGCAAAAUUAUACAACCAAUUUCAACAAACUCUGACAAACUCAGUUUAAUUCUGAUUGCAUGGUUUCGUUGUGCAAGGGAUUUUCAUUAAGGAUGAAAGGUUGUGCAGUUUAGUUGUAGUC